AUGCCGGGGCUGGGGCGGAGGGCGCAGUGGCUGUGCUGGUGGUGGGGGCUGCUGUGCAGCUGCUGCGGGCCCCCGCCGCUACGGCCGCUCCCGCCCGCCAUAGCCGCCGCCGCCGCCGCCGGGGGCCAGCUGCUGGGGGGGCGCGCAGAGCCGCCGCCGCCACAGUCCUCCUCCGGCUUCCUCUACCGGCGGCUCAAGACGCACGAGAAGCGGGAGAUGCAGAAGGAGAUCCUGUCGGUGCUGGGACUCCCGCACCGGCCCCGGCCCCUGCACGGCCUCCAGCAGCCGCAGCCCCCCGCGCUCCCGCAGGCACCAGGCGGGGAGCCCCCUCCCGGGAGACUGAAGUCCGCACCCCUUUUUAUGUUGGAUCUGUACAACGCCCUGUCCGCCGCCGACGACGAGGACGGGCCGUCGGAUGCGGGGAGGCGGCAGCCAGGGUCCCGCGGAGGGGCCAGCACGUCGCAGCCCCGGCAGUCGCUCCCCAGCGCCGCGCACCAUCUCAGCCGCAAGAGCCUGCUGGCCGCGGGACCGGGAGGCGGCGCGUCCCCACUGACCAGCGCGCAGGACAGCGCCUUCCUCAAUGACGCCGACAUGGUCAUGAGCUUUGUGAACCUGGUGGAGUACGACAAGGAGUUCUCCCCUCGCCAGCGACACCACAAAGAGUUCAAGUUCAACCUAUCCCAGAUUCCCGAGGGUGAGGCGGUGACGGCUGCAGAGUUCCGCAUCUACAAGGACUGUGUGGUGGGGAGUUUUAAAAACCAAACUUUUCUUAUCAGCAUUUAUCAAGUCUUGCAGGAGCAUCAGCACAGAGACUCUGACCUGUUUCUGUUGGACACCCGUGUCGUGUGGGCCUCGGAGGAAGGCUGGCUAGAAUUCGACAUCACGGCCACCAGCAACCUGUGGGUGCUGACCCCGCAGCAUAACAUGGGGCUGCAGCUGAGCGUGGUGACGCGGGAUGGACUCCACAUCAGCCCCCGAGCCGCAGGCCUGGUGGGCAGGGACGGCCCCUACGACAAGCAGCCCUUCAUGGUGGCUUUCUUCAGAGUGAGCGGGGUCCACGUGCGCACCACCCGGUCAGCGUCUGGCCGGCGCCGGCAGCAGAGCCGCAACCGCUCCACUCAGUCCCAGGACGUGUCUCGGGUCUCCAGCGCUUCAGAUUACAACAGCAGUGAGUUGAAAACAGCCUGCAGGAAGCAUGAGCUUUACGUGAGCUUCCAGGACCUGGGGUGGCAGGACUGGAUCAUCGCACCCAAGGGCUAUGCUGCCAAUUACUGUGACGGAGAGUGCUCCUUCCCCCUCAACGCACACAUGAAUGCAACCAACCACGCCAUCGUGCAGACCCUGGUGCACCUUAUGAAUCCCGAGUAUGUCCCCAAACCGUGCUGUGCGCCAACUAAACUCAAUGCCAUCUCAGUUCUCUACUUUGACGACAACUCCAACGUCAUCCUGAAGAAGUAUCGGAAUAUGGUUGUAAGAGCCUGCGGAUGCCACUAACUCACAGCCGUCUGCUGGGGGACACGAAGUCCACUCUGGAUUCCUGGACGACAUCGGCCUUACAAAGCAUUCAGAACCACAGUGGAAGUGAGAUAACUCUGAACCCCAUCUCCUGCUGGUGCCUUACCGCCCCACAGAAGGCUUGAAGGACCUCACUGGUUUCGUACAUAACGUGACUAGUCGAAUGUUUCACAGGUUGAGGUCUGGCCACUGCGGAGACAGAACUUUGAAGCGCUCCCUGCCCCCGCAGCCCCCGCCCCCAGUGCCCACCAGAGUUAGCUGGAGCUCAGGCUGUUUGUGAUGUUAGUGGGUAAGUAGGGAAAGCAACGUCGGGGAGAGUGCUUGGCUCCAGUGUCAGCGGUUCAGUAGCAUCUAUCACAGGUUGGUUACGUGGGAUGAUGCAGAGUUUGCUCCCAGGAGGGUCAGUUCCCAUGGGAGAAACAGCCCCACCUGUAGCCAGGUGCCUUUUGUCUGUCAUUGCUGGUCCAUGUUUUGUGCUGUAGUUUGUUAGAAAACAGACUUGACUUCAGCCAGAGCCCACCCCAUCGUUUCCACACCUCCACUCUCCCGCCUGUAUUCUCAGAGACAGAGUACAUGAGGCAUGGCGUACUCGCCAUGGCCCUCGCCUUAGCAAGCAGCUCUGCACCCCCUCUCUACAUCGGCCUGCCACCUUCAGGAACGUCGGCUCUGAGCGCUGGUGUGUGAACGUGGUUCUGUGCCUGUUCCCGUACAGCCUAGCAAUGCUGUAGUUAGAACCGCUAAUGGAGACAAGAAGGGGCGCCUGGCCAUUAGGCAAGGGCUGAGUGUGCUGUUUAUAAACGGAAAUCAGUUUCCUCCUGUAGAAAGCUAAGGCUCAGAUUAAAUCUUAGAAUAUUUUUAAAAAUGUCUUUUUCACAAAUUCAUGUACUGGAAAAUCAAUUUCAUACUAAACUGAUUAAAUAAUACAUUUAUAAUCUAUAGUUCUUUGCACUUACAGCUUUGUUUUUUGUAAAUA